AGUGGUGGUGGUGGUGGUGGUCGGUUAGAGUUAGUAGUUGCAGUACGCGCGUACCUUUGCCGUAAAAGGGGUUCAUCAUCGUCAUCGUCUCCGGUCGCGCACAUAUCGUUUUGCAGCACAGCAAUACCAGCAGCAUACAUAUAUCGACUACCAAACAUACCGAUGCGCGCACGUACAUAAAACCGUACCAGAGUCACCAGCCAGUCAAGUCAAGCUUGCCGCAUGUCCGUCGGUGGAGGGUAAAAAACCACAUUCUCUCCGUUUUGGUGUCUGUGUCUUGUGUGCUGCUGUACUACCUCGGAGUUAUUUUUGAGCAUCCAACAAACCAACAUUAACCAACCAACCAACCAACCAACCAACCAGCCAGCCAAGCCAAUCCAACAAUCUCGGCUGGUAUAGUAGCGGCGACUCGUUUUCUUCGCCUUUUACCAUACGGGAAGAAUAAAGGAGGUUCGUCGAGGUUUCCUUUUUGCUCUUUACCUUCCUCCUUUUUACGAAAACACCUCCCCACAUCGUACGCGGGCUGCCAGAGACGACGACACGCAAGGAGGUUGUUGGUCGCAGCAGCAGCAGCCACAGCAACACGAACCGGUACACAGCAGCAGUAGCAGGGGUAAAGGAGGGAAAACAUACAGCGGCGUGUGUUGAGGCACAUAUUAUGCUGAAAAACCUCAACCAUACCCUCCUAAAACGACAAUCGACAAUCCGAGAGCAACCAACGCACGCCAUCUACCAUCCGGUUGGGUUGGAGGGUAUUAGAAAGGGAUGGCGCAUGUACACGACGAGACGAGCUAGCAGCAAGUAGAAUGUGGUGUGUUUAAGACCCAGUCGGUUGGCCCUUGCCCGUCUCUCCGCUGCUCGCGGUGUAGUGCUGCGCCUGAGUGUGUGCGUGUUAGUGUGUCUCUCCGGCAUGGUAACGUUAAAGUAAUCUUUCUAUUCUACGUACUUGAAAAGAACUCAAUUCAAUCGUUUCGCGCUCAUCCGUAGUGUGUAGGUUCCGUGUGUGUGCGCGAGCGCGCGGGCCCCUUUGGAAUGGUUGUUUGUCAUUCAACCAGAAGCCAGUAUCGUAGUGGCGCACAAGGCAGGCAGCCAGGCAGGCAGGCAGUGUGUUGAGAAUAGUUAAUACCACCGCGCUCACAGUUCUCGCGUUUGUGUACCAUUUGCCAGUUUUUGAAGUUCUUGCCAGUCGCGGUCGCGGGCCGAUCGGAGGAGCGAGCAGCAGCAGCAGCAGUUUGGCGUUUGUGAGCAUUCAUCAGCCGCACAUACUAUUCUUCACCAGGGGCCCGCGAGAAGAGUUUGAAGAUAAUUGAUGUUAAGUGAAAGAUAGGCCGAUAGGCCGCCGAGUAGUAGGUAGGCGAGAAGUCCAUCCGAGAAACCGUGUCCGAUAGGAAGUGGAGAGAAAACAAAAUCUACGCCCAUCAUGCACGCAACAGCGGCAACGGUGGCGCGACUGUGAUCUUCUAGCGCGCUAUUGUGGGGAAAAUCGGAAAAAGUGUAAUCACAACCGUGUGUGUGCGGGGUGUAGUUUUUUGGUGCAACAAAAGGGCCAUAACUUGCACUUUUCAUCGUGUGAACACGGGGAUUUCGGGUGCGUUACCCGGCUACACAGCAUGUCGGAACAAAGCGAUGACUCGAAGGAAACGCUCGGCGAGUACGAUCGGAACCUCUUGGAGCAGUUGGUGGUGAACGAUUGGGGCCUGAGUGCGGCAGCAUUUAAGCGCAUGGUUUAUUGCGGUAUCGACGAGGUCAGUUUGGUGCUGAUCGAGGAUGCAGAGAUUAACGAGCUGUUCAGCGAUCCCCGGCUGCUCGGGCAGAAGAUACUGUUCAAGCAUCGGCUCCGCCAGUGGCGCCACGACCAGCAAAGCUUCCUCAGCAACAUAGCCGCCCACCUGCAGCUGCCCAACGGGAACGGUACGGUGCCGCCGACGCAGCCAGUGUCCGCCGCAGCCUUAUUACCGCGCCAACUACUACUCCCCGCGCUUAAUGGUACGGCGGGCGGUGCACCAUCGUCACCGGCCGCCGGCAUCACCGCACCCGGAUCGUACAAGCGCAAGUAUCCGUUCGAUGUGGACCUUACCGCCACCGGCCAGCUGAACAAUGGCUCGGACGAUGAUGGCGCAAGCAUCAAGACGGAACACGACUCCACCUCAACCAAUGGCAUCGGGCUGAAGCGGCGUGGUGGCGGCGGUCGAGAAUCGCCACUGCUCAUACCGCCCACCUAUGCGGCCGCCUCCCUGUCCCUGGUGCAGCCGCUGCUGAAGCGAAAGGCCGAUCCACCGUCGCUAAAGGAACGCACGUCCGGUGCGGUCGGCGACAUACCGGUGCGGAUCGAUCGGGACAGCAUGCUGCGGCUGCUGCAAUCGUCCCAGUCCGGGCGCUGGAUACUGAACAGCUACAAACCGAACGAACCGCUCGAGCGACGGGGCCAAACCAUCAUCACGCACCUGAUCGUGGACCAGUUUCUGCACUUUAACAUCCUGUUCAAGCACCGCAUGAUGAGCCACUACGCGGACGUGAUAACGCAGCUGUUCCCGGCCGAGAUAAAGGAAAUCUACUACGCACCGCGCAACACGGUCAAGCGCAACACGUCCGGCAAGCUGUUCGAUCGGUACACGAACCAGCGGUUACGGCACAAGGAGCGGUUGCCGCGCGUCAAACCGUUCGUGGCGGACGAAUGGACCGAGCACAAGACGUUUGCCGAGCUGGCGAUCCUGAACGAGGCGAUGCAGGGUGUGCGCAGUGUGGCCGGUGGCGGCGGGGGUGAUGAUGCGACCGGCAGCGAGGAUGGCAACAUUAGCAACGACUUCCUGCAGCCGCUCACGACGAUGUACGUCGAGGGGGAGGAGCAGCAGCCGGCCGGCGGCAAUGGGGAUGGGGCGGUGGAUUACUCUACGCGAGAGGACGACUGACCGUGCGCUUGAUCGAGAUGCAAGCAGUAGAGCUCGGACGGGAGUGGGAAUGAAUGUGCCAAAUCGAGAUACAAGGGUAUAACACCAUACACUUCAGGUGUGUAAAAUAGAGGGAGAGAGAGAGAGAGAGAGCAGCUAUAGUAUGCACUACUGAGUGUGUGUAGGGGCGAGCAGAAUUAUUUGAAGCCUUAGCAUUAAGCACAAACACACAAAUAUGACGCUAUAUGAAUUUAGAUGGAAGGAAAUAAAUUAAGCAAACUUUUUCUACAAACCUAGGAGCUACUGGCAGACCUAAGCCCCUUUCCUAAAUGCGUAUACGUAAGUAUAGGAUUAAUUUAAUCGUUACAACCGUUGGCUCCAGCACAUCAAUAAAUAUGAUUCAUCAAAGGAUCUUUCCUCUGCUUGUAACAAAA